AUGUUAUCUGCUCCGGCGAAAUCCGCCCGGCGCAUCUCGUCGCUCUUCAAUAUGAAGACAAACAGGGAUUCGGCAUCCUCGUCACAAUCCUCGGGUUCUCCGAAGCAGAUGCCCAGUAAUACACAUCUAUCUGUCGACCACCGACGCGCCCGAAGCCACUCCCGGCCAGCUGUGCGACAUGCGUCUUCUCCUCAACCCCAUUCCACAGAGGCUCGCCCCAUAACCAGCCACGGCUUUGAUCCGGAUCACUUGGACCUCGAUGCACCCCUUCCGCCGCCUCCGUCGUUGUAUGCUAUAAAUCAGGAUUUGAGUGAUUCAGGACCAUCACAACAGUCACAUAGUCGACAAGGGAGUAGGAGUGCGUCACGGGCACCGGAUCCACAUAGUCAUCAACGAAGAAGAAGCUGGAUGCCGGGAAAAGCGAACUCGGUCGUGGUUGAUGCCCCAGUUGUGGGUGAUCAGUACGAUCUUAAUGCAUUUGAUGCUUGGGUUGCAGGGUUGGAUCAAAAGAUUCCAUAUGAUCUUGCGCGACUGAUCCAAGGCGAGCAGAUACCCGAAUUGUGGAAUGACGAAGGUGAUACUUUUGUAUACCUAUUCCCGCAAGCUACGCAGCGACCGCCGUCAUUCCGAAUUGACUCUGCCCUAUUUUCAGACUCGCCUUCUUUGAAUUUCCUGGCCCGCGGAACCGAUCCAAAGGUUGAAUCUUUACGGCACUCGGCCCGAACUCUAACCAUCACCGACCCAUACGGCGCUACUGCUCAGGAGGACCAGUGGGUAAACGACAAUGCUAGCAAUGGCAGCAACCGAAUGGCGUUUGUCGAGGAUCAACCAGAGGAACUUCAAGAGCUACAUCUUUAUCUGCCUGUUCCUCUUCAUAGCGAUGUCUCGAGCGUGGACAGCCCGCUUUCAAUCGAAGAUAGCGACACUUUGAUACUCUUCCGCAACCUGUUUGCCUUUCUUCUAGGCCAGGCUUUAAUCUCUACACCGCGAUACCCAAGUCUGUUCUCUGUAUUGCUAGAAGUAUCCAAUCUGUUGCGACGGUUUGAAUUUUCCAAUUUUGACGGCUCUAACUUUGGAGAAAUUGCGACGUCGAGUUUCGCCAACUACUGCGAUGAGCUUCAUUUAGCCGACGUUCGCAAGAGUCGCGAGAAGACUAUUGAGGCAGUUAUCCUUGGUGAGAGCUUACGCUAUUACCCGCUGUACGUGGAAGGAUUUGUCCAUGGCGUGGGCAAAAUGGAAGAGCUUCGCAACCUACAAAGUCCGACUUUCAACUUGAUUAACCCGCUGACCCAAAAACGACUGGAACGUGGAGCUAUCGACUUGGAAAACCGUCUCACUAUCAUGCGAGUAAAACUAGAUGAAUUCGACUUUCCCGCCCUGUUUUCUGGUAUCGCAAAUUCGAACUCAGCUGCGGAGGGCAAGAUUGUCCGUUUCAAACAGUGGAAACUAGCACAUCUUGCACUGCGCAAGCACGUCUUGAGUUUCUACCGACAAAAGUACGGAUCAUGGCCACCAAAGGCCAACUCCAAAAAGAACGAGUUUGAGGAGAGUGGUUUGAACCGGCUGUUGUUGAAGGAGGUUUACGAGGAUUUCACCGAUCUGUACGAUAUGCUAGUAGAUCGCACGUCUUUAACCACACGGACCACAGAUAUGGCGACCGAGGACUUAGAUGUACCAGACCCGAUAGAGGCAGUGACACGAGCGAUGCGCCGAAUGAUGAGCGAGUAUGAUCGCAGUACUCCGCCCGUACAACCUCCUAUUCCAUUUGACAUUCCUCAACUACCUAGCCUACAGGCUCUACGACGGAAACCAGUGGACCCGAAAAAUAUAUCGAAAGAACGGCAAAAGAAGCUGCACGAUUCGGAAAUCAACGAGGUGUUGAUGCGAUCUUAUACUAGAGAAGCCCUGAAACCCACGCCUUUUGUGGAGAGCUUCAUGCAAUUCGAACGCCGCAGCGCCCAUGGCAAGAGUCUGGAUGACCUUAUGGAUAAUCGCAUUGGGCAAUGGCUGUUUAUAUAUGCGGUGCUACAAUCGCUGCCAUUAUUAGUCAUUGACAUGCCCGACUUGCACUUCACAGACGGAGUCGAAUAUUUCCUCUGCGUUGCUCCCCGCGGGGGAGCACCCUGGAUUCAAAACGACGGCAAGAGUGGACGCAGCUGGUUCGGCGUGGCUGGUGGUCAAGGGGUAGUCAACCUUCCUUCGGAUGUGGUCAAUAAUGCGACCGAUGCUGUCUACCGCCGCAGUCACUGCUGGCAAGUUGCCAGUCAAUGGGCGGAAAAGAACCUGAACUCGCCAAUCACCACUGAGGAUGCCGCUUCGUUAUUCUCUGCACCUCCUGCACCUCAAUCGUCUAUUGGAUCAAUCUCCGAUGUCCAAUCCAUGCGCAGUCCAGGCGGUACCAACUCACCUCACACUGUUCCAAGAACAAAUUCUCCUGGAUUUGUGUCUCACGGCCACCGUGGCUCUAUAUACAAUACAUUAGAAGCCUUACCACUACCAGCGGGCGUAAUGCCAGUGGAACAGCCCACCAAAACGUUUGCGCGCAUGAAUCCUACUAUGAGCUUCGACGAUAUCCUUAAGGAUAUUCCCGGGUCUAAAGGCGGCAAGAAGAAAUAA